AUGGCGUUUCUGUGGGGGUCGUUUUGUUCUAGUGCGGGGGGUGUUGCUGGUGUGGAAGAUGUGGUCGAUUUGAUGAGUCCCAAGGACAGGAAACAGUUGUCCCAGUUGGAGGCGGCGGUGAUAAGCGGUGUGCGGGAACAGUUGCCUGCAGGGGUGACACUCUCACAGAUGAUGGUGGCAGAUGAGAUUAAUGAGUGGAGGUUACAGAAUUCGGGGGACGCUGACCGGAUCGCGGUACAUACCCCUACGGUGCUCAUUCACGGGUACGCAGCUUCGUCGAUGGCGUUCCAUUUGAAUGUCGCUGGGCUUAGUAAUGCGUUUUCGGACCUGUGCGUCGUCGAUUUACCAGCUAAUGGGCUUUCCAGGGAACCACCUAUGCUGGGCCCAAAGGUGAAGGGCCAGCCGGUCCACUGGAAGGAACUGGAUAAGAAAACUGGGUCUUUGACUGUUGUGUGCGAACCACCUUCUAAAAUGUCCAGUAGUGGGGUAUUGGAUGAUCCAGGUGUCUACGAGGACUAUUUUGUGGACAGAAUUGAAAAAUGGAGAUUGGCUCACGGAUUUGAUAACAUAAACGUCGUGGGUCACUCGUUUGGUGGGUACAUGUCCUUCAAAUACGCUAUCAAGUACUCCAAACAUGUUGACAAACUGGUCUUGUUGUCACCACUGGGAGUCGAACGCAAUAUAGACUCAGUGUCCAACAAAUGGGACGUUGGUAAGACAUACGACCUGACUGAUAUAGACGCAACGUCACCACUGUAUUACAGACCGUUCACGGUCCCCGGGUAUCUCUUCAACAACCAGUUAAACGUCCUGCGUAAGAUGGGACCCCUGGGGAACCACAUGGCUAAGAGAGCCAUCGCGUCGCGGUACAGUAACGUCCCGGGCACAGCGUACCACGCGUACUUGCACCACGUGUUCUACGGGGCCCACACAUUCCCCUCUGCAAACAUCACCGCGUUUACACAUCUGUUCACAAGGCAGUUGCUGGCAAGAGACCCGCUUCUGGAUAACAUCCAACGGUUGAAAGUGAACAAACUGAUGAUGGUCUACGGAGACCACGACUGGAUGAACAAAGAGGCAGGGUACGGGAUGGUCCAAGAGAUCAAUAAGGAGAGGUACGUCCCUGCAAAGGCAGUGUACGCGGAACUGCCCUCAGCGGGACAUAACCUCUUCUUGGAUAACCCUUCUGGGUUUAACAAGUUGCUAAUAGACUUUCUGCGGGAUUGA